UCGAAAAACUAUCAUUUGGUGACAGAGUACGAGUCUGUUAAUUUGUUGAGUGAUAAAGUUUUCAGUUUAUCUGGUAACAGGUUUUUAAAGAUGCAUGUGGAAAACCGAAGAGUGUUUUAUGUCGAUUGAUUGCAAACUGUGCUGUGAGUUCUUGCUCUCGCCCGAUAACUUACAGACUGAAAGGAACAUUGCUUUUAAAGAGAAGAAUACAUCAUCGUACGUACGUCUGACAAAUAAUAACGACAGCUAUCAAGCCGAGCCUGGCUACCUGUGAAGGUCAGCCCGGCUCGGCCACCGAUCACUUGGUGUCGGUGGACUAUGGCUUUGGAGCGAAAAUACCCCAUUAGACACAGCGGCUCUCGCCAGGCCGUUAAAAAACGACCUCCAGUUAGCAAGUACAAGACUUGUUGUCUUAGAUUCACAGCUUUUAUCUUCUCCCACGUCGGCCUGAGCGGUCUAGUGGUCGGCUACAGCAUCAUGGGUGCUUUCGCUUUCCGCGCGCUGGAGGCUCCCAACGAGGAGAAGAAAGUGGGGGAAGUGACCGAGAUGCGGGAACAGACGGUGAAGAGGCUGUGGGACAUCACGUACGACCUGAACGUGUUGUAUAAAGACAACUGGACAGGUCUUGUAGCGGCAGAAAUUAAACGGUUUCAGUCGGACCUAAUAGCCGCCGUUAAAGAAGGGUACGACGGGAAGGAAUUAGGAGCGGUCCAUCAGUGGUCUUUCUCCGGAUCCUUGCUCUACUGUCUUACAGUUAUCACCACAAUAGGGGCCCGAAGGCCACCUGGAGGAGUCACCUGUUUUAAUCAUUCGCACCACUGUACUAUU